AUGGCUUCAUCUGCACCAGUGACAGUCUUCCCUUGGGAGUGCCGGGAUAAGGAGGACCAGGCCAAGGCCUCUUAUGAAUUUCCUCUCCGGCGUGCCAACCAGGAGUUGAGCGAGGAGAAUCUGCGACUCAAACGCAUCCUGCGAGAGAAUGGCAUCUCCUGGUCCCCAGUUGCGCAAGCCCAUCUCAAGCAGCGAGACCCUAACAAGCGCCGGACUCGAUCGUCCAAGACCCAUGAUCUCGGCCGUCCACACCUGCCCACGGAGAUCAUCCUGCGCAUCCUCAAAUUCGCUCUCACGAGCGCGCAGUCCAUCAUCGAUCCCCUCAGCCCCGCCACGUCCGAUCACCUGACUGAGCGCGAGAAGACCAGAGGCAAUCAGAUUGCCAUUCAUUUUCUGGCCACCUGUCGAGCACUUCACGUCGAGGGCACUCGAUACCUGUGGGAAUGUAAUGAAUUCACGUUCACGACCCCUGAGGCCCUCCGUCACUUUGCGGAACUGAGCCCCAGCUUUCGCCACAAAAUUACCAGCAUUCGCCUUCGCAUCGUGGCCCGUUACUAUGAUGACCAACGUCGCAAACACAAAUUGGAGCGGUACUACCAUGCCGACCUGAAGCGAGAUCAGAACCUCAAGGUCCAGAUGAGGCCCAAGGAGACGCCUCUUGUGCGUGGUGGAUUCCGGUGCUAUACUUGGACCCAGAUCGUGGACUUCCUCGCCGCUCUUCGGGCCCCCUAUGACCCAACUUACCGCGACAAGAAAAACCCUCGCCCCAGACUGCUCCCUGCGUUGGCGACUUUGCGGAUGGACCUCGUCAACUUCUCGGACACGCUGCUUCCCUUUUCCGGCUCCGAGCUGCAUGACAUUGCGAGCCAUGAGCUCGGAUGUACGCUCAACGAGCUGCAGAUCACCGGAAUGCCUUUUGACGACGCCGGCAUGAAGGCGUCUGCCGAACUCAGUGGCAUGCUCAAGGACGAAGGACUCUACCUCGACGGACCGGCCUCGUUCAUUGCCCACUCCAAGCACUUGCAGCCCUUGUCGGGUCAGAGGUGGUGUGCACGAGUCAUCCGGGCGUGGAAAGGAAACCCUGUGGGUUCCGACUACGACGAUGAAGACGAGGUCGACGACCAUCUUGCGCACUUCAAUGGCAACCACCAGAGACUGGGCGCCCUCCCCCCCGCACCUGCGGAACAGGGUCACCCAACCUCCACCCGGGACGAGGACACAGUCAUCUGGAAGAAGGUGCCCACGUCUCGCGAUGGACACAAGCGCAUCUGGAUCCAGUUCUCGCGAUUUAGUGGAUACGAGAUUAACGACCUAGAUGCCGAUAGUGAGGACGAAGGGGUCUGCCCCUGCUGUGGGGAGUCGCACCCAGGCUCGUCCUUUCUCGAGUACAUGAUGGCGGAUGAUGUGGACUGA